AUGGCCGACACUACCGAGCCCAACCCAAUCGUCUUCUUCGACAUCACUCUAGGAGGAGAAAAACUGGGAAGAAUCAAGAUGGAACUCUUCAAGGAUGUCGUCCCAAAGACUGCCGAAAACUUUCGUCAGUUUUGCACGGGCGAAACCAAGAAUAGUCGGGGGCAGCCGCAGGGUUACAAGGGCUGCAAGUUCCAUCGUGUCAUCAAAGGCUUCAUGAUCCAAGGUGGCGAUUUCAUAAACGGCAACGGGAGCGGCUCAAGAACGAUUUGGGGCGUGGAGAAGUUUGCCGAUGAGAACUUUACCCUAAAGCACGACAAGCCUGGUCUGCUGUCCAUGGCAAAUGCUGGCCCAAACACGAACGGAUGUCAAUUCUUCAUAAUCACAGCCAAGAAUGGAACACCUCAUCUCAAUGGAAAGCACGUUGUCUUUGGUAAUGUCAUUGAAGGUAUGGACGUCGUGACCAAGAUUGAGAACACGCGAACAGUAGCCAACCCGGAAGGAAAGCCUGUUCAAGACAUUGCCAUUGCACAGUGUGGCGAGAUGUAA